CUCCUGUGAGUCUGAAACAAAUACAGUCUUUUCACGAAUAAUCACAAACUUACUUCCUCCACGAACAGUGUGAACAUAUAAGACUGACAGACUGGUUUGCACUGCAGACACUCCUUUACUUUAUAGAUGUUUGUUUUGCAUGUUGUAAAUUCAGCUUGUAAAAGGUCAUAAAUCAAGUGUGUUUUUAAAUUUGUUUGAAUUUAUUUUAAAGAUGAAUUGUAUUAUAUGAGUCGAGUGUAUAAAUGAGCACAAUGAGUUGCUGUGCAGACAGACCGAAAGAGGAAAGAGAGACACGCGUGUGAAUAAACAGAGGAAGAGAAGAGCAAAAGAGGACAACAGAGACAGAGAAGAGUUAAUCUUCUUUUGAACAAACUGAACAACUUCUGUAUUUAGAGAAGCUGUGAGUGACGUGAGUUUGAUAGCAGAGCAAUAAAGACGAGAGACACAGAACAAAACACACAAUAACACACACAGAGCAGAGAGAGAGAGAGAGAGAGAGAGAGACGCUGAGCGACACACCAAAAAAGGGCUGGAGCUGGAGGUUCUGCUGGCUGGAGAAACACACGGACACACAGACAGAAGAACAGCGACGGACAGACAGACAGACUGGGCUUCAGGAAUCAUGGAGCAGGGCUGCGGAUGAGCCGGAUGAUCUCCACCGUGUCCACGGGCCCCGGGCCCACGGGGGCCGCUCGUGUGAACGAGCCCGACCAGAGCGCGGCGGGUCAAGCCAAGGGCCCCGUCAGCCUGCAGACGCUGCUGGACCUGCUGGUGGGAGUUUAUCAGGAGUUCAGCUCGCCCGCUCUGAUCAGAGAGAAACACGUGCAGCGCUUCCUGCAGUGGGCGGAGCCUCUGGUGAGACAGGUGAGGAAGACUCGGAUAAGCAGGGAUGACUUUGACAUCUUGAAGGUGAUCGGCCGAGGAACCUUCAGCGAGGUGGCUCUGGCCCGCAUGCGUAACACACAUCAGGUUUACGCGCUGAAGAUCAUGAACAAGUGGAACAUACUGAAGCGUGGAGAGACGGCAUGUUAUCAGGAGGAGCGGGAGGUUCUGCUGAAAGGAGACCGGCGAUGGAUCACUCAACUACAUUACGCUUUCCAGGACGACAAUUAUCUUUAUUUGGUCAUGGAUUACUAUGUCGGUGGAGAUCUGCUGACUUUGCUGAGUAAGUUUGGUGAUCGUAUCCCGGAGGACAUGGCUCAGUUCUACUUGGCUGAGAUGGUGAUGGCCAUCGAUUCGGUCCACAGACUCGGUUAUGUGCACAGAGACAUAAAGCCUGACAACAUCCUGCUGACGGCGGACGGUCACGUGCGAUUGGGUGAUUUCGGCUCCUGUCUGCGUCUGGAGGAUGACGGACUGGUCCACUCGUCGCUGGCCGUCGGGACUCCAGACUAUCUGUCUCCAGAGAUCCUGCGGGCGGUGGAAGGCAGCGGCGGAUACGGCUCUGACUGCGAUUGGUGGGCUCUGGGCGUCUGCGCGUACGAGAUGCUGCUGGGAACCACACCCUUCUACGCCGAGUCCAUCUCUGAGACCUACGCCAAAAUCAUACACUUUAAGGACUAUUUUGAGUUUCCUCCAGAGUCGGAGGUGUCCGAGGAGGCGCGUUCGCUCAUCAGCGCUCUGAUCUGCGACAGGAGCGAGAGGUUGGGCGCGCGAGGCUCCGGGGACUUCAGAAAACACCCGUUCUUCAGGGGUUUGGACUGGAGCUCCCUUCAUCUCCUCCCUCCUCCGUACCGCCCCGACGUCUCCGACGCCACAGACACCUCCAACUUUGACGUGCUGGACGACAGUCUGAGCGACAUGGAGACCCUGAGUGACCUGAUGGAUCGAGCACCGGUUGGACUUCAUCUGGCGUUUGUGGGCUAUUCUUACACAGCCACCAGAGAGACGGGAGCGCUGGACCGCAGCAGGAACAUCAUGAUGGAGAUCAACCAGCAGCAGAUCAGAGAUCAGCUCCACCUGCAGGGAAAACCGCAGUCUGUGCAGCAGAACCAGAUGUGGCGGCUCAAAGAAUCCAUCACUGCUGAGCUGACGGCACUUCCUGAACUUCCUGCUGAACACAACAAACCCCAGCCAAUCAGCAGCAGCGCAGAGACGGAGCAGAGCGACGUUCACGAGCUGCAGAGGCGUCUGCAUAAAGCCGAACACAGGAACAGAGAACUCGAGCAGGAGAUGAGCAGACUGAGAGAGGAGAUCCUCCGACUGAGCGCCGACAGGAACCAAGAGCUGUGUGUGUGUCGGCCGCUGCGCUGUCAGGACCCCGUGCGGGACAGCUCAGCGACGCCCCCUGCCUGCCAUUACCCGCUAGUGACGCCGCUGCACCGCCACCUGCUGCUCUUCAACAGGGUGCGGAGGCCGCAGGUGAGGAGUGAGUCGUAUCUGCUGGUUUGUGCCGAGGGGACUGAACUGCAGCUGUGGGAGCGAAACUGCAGCGCUGACCUUUGCUGAAGAACACUAGAUAGUCUACAGCAGAUGCUUCAGUGAAGCUGCACAGACUGUGAUCUACUCUAGUCUGAUCUCUACUUUUCUAUUCUUCAGUUCCAGUCUAUAAAACCUUUACAUCGUCGUGGCCGAUUGAGUGAAUCUGAUUCACCAGUUGCGUUUACAUGCACAUCAAACCGUUUAAGCUCCAUAUUCUGAUUGCAGCCUUAUUCUGAAUAUGAUGUUUAUGUGGGUAAAUAUGGUUGUUUUAGGUCUGCUGAUCUACACUUGUUUUUUUUUCUUACUGUUUCCCAAAAGAUUUCCUGAGAGAGUCCAGAUGCUGCCUUUGAUUAUGCUGUUAUUUUUAUUACAAUUUUACACAAUUUGAUUAAAAUUCAAACACGUCAGAAAUGCUCAAAAAAUCUAACACCAACUGGAAAGAGCUGGCAAAUGUCAAUAAUAAUAAUAAUAAGUGUUAAAAUCAAUUUCUAUUCAUUGCCACUCCAGGAAUGAGUUUCCAUUCCUUAAUUCUACAGCUAAACAUCUGUUAUCACCCAUAAUUCUCUGCGGUCUGAGCAUGUGAAUCUCCUUUUAGUGGAUAUUCUGAAUAAGGUGUUUACAUGCAACAAGUUCCCCAUUAAAAACAGGCUUAUUCCAGAAUUUGGAGAAUUUAAAUAUUGUCUUAAACCGAAUCAGGCAAUCAGAAUAUUCUAAUCUGAAUAUUGCCAAAUUCUGAUUCAUAUCAGAAUAUUGAUGUGCAUGGCUGUAAAUGUAAAAGGGUUUGCCUUACAUGAAUGAGAUUCUGAACUGUUCUGUCAGCGUAGUUUGUUUACAGUACGUUGGGUUUGUUGCUGUCCUGCUUUUCCCUGGUGUUCAUGGGAAUCUGCACUGAGAAUCAUGUAGUUUAUUCUCCCACAAUUCAGAUGCUUGGUGUGUGUGUGUGUGUGUGUGUGUGUGUGUGUAGGUUUAUACUCGCAGUGACACUAACAGCAUCACCAGCUCUGAAUCUGCUGUAAAGGCACCGAAACAGAUGAAGCACAGCCGUCUCUAGAUGGUAACCCUCAUUCCGUGUUGUUCAUACAGGCAGAAUGCGGCCGAUCAUCUAGACGCGAGCAUGACGCGCCGUACGCCGAGUGCCGUCUGUUAAACCGCACGUGUUUGUGUGCAUGACAUGAUGAGUUCAAACUAUCGUAUACUACAUUAUUUACCAGAGAUAUAUUUUGUACAAAUCAAGUGAAUUGAAGUUGUUUUAAACAUUAAAAACUAUUUAAGAGUGAGUAAUUUAGAAAUAAAGUUGGCUUAUUUAUUUAACAGUGUGAGUUUGUUGUAUUUGUCCUAGAAAGAUGUGUCAGUUUGUUAAACGCACAUUUGCUUUGUGGUUUAAAUGGCUUUUUUUCCCCCAGCAAAGUCCUGUAAGAACAAGUGAAAUGACUUUGGGCGGAGUGGGUGUGGCUUCUGUACCUCAAAAUUGAGUGGGUGUGACUUCUGUCUUCUAUAUGAAGUGGGUGUGGCUAUUAUACUUUAAAUUGAGUAGGCGGAGCUCAAAGUGCUGCACUGCAUCGUGCCACGUCUUUAAAAUUUGAGCACAUUGUUUUCUAUGAGUGACGUAAUUCGGUGUCUGUCUGCAGUCCCUAAAUUGUACUUGUUUGUACGAGUUGUUCUAAACACGGCGCAGGGAGGCGCUGCACUUUUCAUCCGGUGUGCGACUGCCUUAAUGUCCCCAGUAUGGAGUGGGUGUGGCUUCAGUACUUAAAUUGAGUGGGUGUGGCUUCUGUGUUCUAAAAUGAGUGGGUGUGGCUUAUGCUAUGUAAAUGGAGUGGGUGUGGCUUCAGCACCCUAAAUCAAGUGUGUGUGGCUUCUGCACUAUAAAUUGAGCGGGUGUGCCUUUUGUCAUCUGUAUUAAGUGGGUGUGGCUACUGUACUUUAAAAUGAGUAGGCAUAGCUUCUGUCCUCUGUGUGAAGUGGGUUUUGUCCUCUUGACUGGGCGUGGCUUAUGUCCCCUGUAUGGAGUGGGUGUGGCUUCAGCAGUUAAUUUGAGUGGGUGUGCCUUUGUGUUUUUAAAAAUGGGCGUGGCUUAUGAUAUCUGAAUGGAGUGGGUGUGGCUUUUGUCUUCUGUAUAGAGUGGGUGUGGCUUUUGUACCCUAAAAAGGGUGGAUGUAGCUUCUAUACUCUAAGUCAGGGGUGUCAAACUCAAUUCCUAGAGGGCUACAGCCCUGCAGAGUUUUGUUCCAACCUUGCUCCAACACACAUACUAUGCAGUUUUCAAUUAAGCCUGAAGGACUUGAUUAGUUGGAUCAGGUGUGUUUAAUUAGGGUCACGGCCCUCCAGGACCGGAGUUGGACACCCCUGCUCUAAAUUGAGUGGGUGUGGCUUUUGCCCUAUGUAUAGAGUGGGUGUGGCAACUGUACUUUAAAAUGAGUUCAUUGUUCUAAAAGUGGGCGUGGCUCAUGAUAUCUCAUUAGCUCAUGAGUGGGUGUGGCUUUGGUCCACUGUAUAGAGUGCGUGUUGCUUCUGUACUCUAAAUUAAGUGGGUGUGGCUUUCUCCCUAUAUUCUAUAAAUGAGUGGGCAUGGCUUCUGUGUUCUACAUUGAGUGGGUGUGGCUUAUAUUCUCUGUAUGGAGUGGAUUUGGCUUUUGCCCUCUGUAUAGAGUGGGUGUGGCUUCAGCACUCUAAAUUGGGUGGGUGGGGCUUCUGUAUUCUAUACUGAGUGGGUGUGGUUUCAGUCUCUUGUGAUAAUCAGCUGUCAGUUUCAGGUUGAGGUUGUGAUGGUGAACACAGUGACCCAUGUGAUUUUGAGCGGGACAGCUGCAGAAACAUCAUCCUGAGUGAGUGUGUUUUAUUCCUCCAUACAGACUCAUGUUGUGUUCAGUUUCAUUGUCUGUCAUUGUGUUUAGUGCAUUUACUCCCUCUAGUGGUGAAUCCCAAGCCAUGGACGUGUUCAACCGUGUGCUUGUCUGCCCUUUGUAUCCUUUUUUUUGUCAGCUGAAAUAUUUUCAAUAUUUCAAUAUUUCAUCCACAUUUUGUGAUGUCAGUUAAUAGUCACAGUGAUAUGCAGGUAAAUAAAAAAUAUUUAAUAUUUUUUAUUGAAUGCAUAAUUUUCAGUGCUUGAAUUUUAAAUUCUACAUGUAUUUUUAUUUAUUUUUAUUUUAUUAAUUACUAGCUUUUCAGCUUGUGAACCCCAGUUUGGGAAACACUGCUUUAAAGAAAUAGUUCAUCCUAAAGAAAGGAUUCUGUCAUCAUUUACCUCCAUGGAAUAUAUACAGAUAUUAUUUAGUGAUAUUAUGUGGAAGUAUUUUAUAUCUGUGUAAAUUAUUAAUCUAAAUAAUAAUAAUUUAUAAUAUAUUUAAAAUUAUAUUUUAAUUUUCUUAAUUAUAUAUUAUUUUAAAUUAUAUUUUAAAUUAUUUUUUAUACAUUUUUAAAAUAAUUUGUACAUUUAUAUAGAUGAAAUAAAAAGACAAAAAUUCAUAAUAUGAUACACUGUUCAGAAUUAAGCUGAAUGAGCGGCAUUUGAUAUAUUGAGAAAUGAAGAUUUAUUUGAAUUUUAAUCAUGGAAAACUGUUGAAAAGAAUACAGUGAACAGAAUAUAGUAAAGCAGGCUGUGAAAUAGCGCGCAUUAUGCAAAGAUAUUUAUUUGAAACAUUGUGUUCAUAUAUGCUGCAUGUUUAAAUCCUCAAGUGCCAAAAUAAUGAAGAUAAUGUUGCACUAUCUUCAUCUCAUGCAGGGUUUCUUCAAGUCUUGCAACAUCUUAAUUCACACCUUCCACAAGUUAAUGCUUCAGAAAGUUUUAACUCUUAAAUUCAUAGUCAAGGCAUUAAAUGUUGCACACACCGCAAAAAACUAAUAUCUGCCUCAGUAUUUUUGUUUUCCAGUACUAAUAUCUAAACAUCCUUAAAUCAAGAUAUUGUACACGAAGGCCUGUCAUGUGAGUAUACUGUGCAUAGUAUGCAUGCCGUUUUCUAGUCUGCACACACUAGAGUUCACAUGUAGAGUCCUGAGGCAGGAUACAGCAUGAAGGGGGCGAUGCUGUGCUGCGACGGGCUCUCCAGCAUGUGUUUGCGGUAGUAGCGGCGCAGCGCCGGGCUGCUCGGGUGCUGCUGUCUGACGUGGAGGAAGUACUCG